AGAGCAUUCGCGUGUCCCCGAAACUCCGAUAAGAAAUGAGCUGACACAGAAUAAUUAUGGCUUAACACAGUGUGGAGGAAUAGGUGACACAAACGGAAAAAAUAUGAAGAAAAACUCCAAGCCACCUAAAAACGAGAAACCGAGGUCACAACCUUGGAACAAUGCGUGGAAGGCCGUGCCCAUCUUGAUACUCGCUUUGUCUGUGAUUUUACACUAUUACCUUCUAAAAGAAGACAACAUUCACAUUACAACUCAACUAAACGAAACUUAUGAUUUCGUUAUAGUGGGAGCUGGAUCCGCCGGUUGCGUACUUGCUAACCGGCUGACAGAAAAUGGCCAGUUUUCCGUGUUACUGUUGGAGGCCGGAGGGAAUGAUAUGGGGAACUACAUCUACGACAUUCCCGGUUACACCGACAAAGCCGUUCGAACACAUGCAGACUGGGGCUAUCACACCGAGCCACAAAAACACGCAUACAAGGCGUAUAAAAAAGAGAUAAGUUUUUGGCCACGAGGCAGGACUUUAGGCGGAACAAGUACUAUAAAUAGCCUUGUCUAUCAUCGAGGUGGGCGUGGAGAUUAUGAUAAAUGGGCGGAACUUGGAGCAAAAGGGUGGGACUACGAUAGUGUGUUGCCGUAUUUCUUAAAAUCCGAGUCCUUUCAAUCGCCAUCUUUUAGGGAUAGCAAAUAUCACAAUACGAAUGGACCAUUGAAAAUCACCGAAACAGCUUUCACACGGGUAGCCGACAUCUUUUUGAAUGGUGGAAAAGAAUUAGGCUAUAAAAUUCAUGAUUGCAAUGGAAAUGAUGGCGACCAAGAGGGGUUUUGCAGGCUUCAGACGUUUACCGGAGACGGGUUACGGUCAAGUACAGCCCGAAGUUUUUUAAUUCCUGCCUCUAAGAGAGAAAAUUUACACAUUUCAAUCAAUUCUCAUGCCACAAAGAUUCAUUUUGAGGGAAAAUCUGCUACAGGGGUAUCUUUCGUUAGAGGUGGCCUGAAAUUUACUGUGAAUGCUCGGAAAGAAGUUAUAAUAUCCAGUGGUGCUGUUGGAUCGCCCCAACUUCUAAUGCUUUCCGGUGUGGGACCUAAAAAGGAUAUGGAUAAACUCAAAAUACCGUUGGUGGCAGAUCUACCAGUCGGAAAGAACCUUCAGGAUCACAUGAUGUUCCCCGCGAUGAUCCACGUGAACGAAUCUAUCAGUGGAUCUGAUUGGGUGUACGGCUUUUGGAGUCAGCUGAAAUACUCACUGUUUAGAUCAGGACCUCUGUCGUUCGCGGGCAUGCGCGAAGCUGCUGCUUACUUCCGGACGGAAAGAUCAGCCUCGGACAUCUCGCCGGAUGUACAGUACCAGCUACACAGCAUAGACAUCAAAUACGAAAAGCGAUUCUCCUUUUUGGAUUUCUCAAAACCGAAGGCAAUGACAGAAGGAGAUAUCAAAGGAAAUGGGCAACUUUUCACGAUAGGAAUCAUGGCCCCGCAACACCCAAAAAGCGUUGGAGAAAUCCGCCUCCGAUCCGCAGACCCAUUUGAUUACCCUAUAAUUGAUCCACAUUAUCUGGAGGAUCCAUAUGACAUGGGAUGUUUCAUAAGAGGAAUUCGCAAGCUUCAGGAUCUUGUGGCAACAAAGUCAUUCCAGUCGGUACAGGCCAGAAUUGUCCAGAUAAAGCACGAGGAUUGCCAAUCAAAAGACCAGGAUGCUGAUGAGCAUUGGGAAUGCCUCGUCCGCCAUUACGCCCUGACGAACUACCAUCCCACCAGCACCUGUAAGAUGGGGGCCAGAGACGACAAGACAGCUGUUGUUGACCCUGAUUUGAGAGUGAUUGGCAUAAAAGGUCUACGUGUGGUUGACGCAUCUAUCAUGCCUUUUGUAACCGCUGCUAACACAAACGCACCUGUGAUCAUGAUCGCCGAAAAAGCUGCUGACGCCAUUUUAAAUGCUAUCAAAUAGCAAAGCCAUAAAACUUAUGCUUAAGCGCUAUCAUAUAGCACUGAUGUAGCUGUCCACGUAGACAAAAUAAUAUCACUGUUAUUUGUUUUUAUAUGUAUGCAUGUAGUUGUUAUGAUUUUAAAUAAAAGAAGUUAAGAAAGAU